AUGGCUGAUACACUACUCGGAAAGUUGAAACUAAAAGUGAUUGUACUGGUAUCGAUUGUGAUGCUAGUGAUUUUGUGUCUAUUGGUUUUCUCCAAGAGAAAUGUGUUGAGCUUUCCAAUGAUGAUGGAAAGAAAAGAAGCGAAUAAUUUAAUCUCAAUAAGGACGAAUACUGAUCAUGACAGUACUGCUCAGACGUCACCGAAAGCUAGUGGUUAUAUUGUAACGAUGUCGUAUAAUAGUCAGAUGACACGAGCAAUACGUAACCUCAUGGGUCAGCAGUGCUGGGCUAGGAGCAUGGUGGGUCUCUCUUUAUCCAUCGCCGAACCAUUCUCAUCGGAAUCAAAGCUCGUUCAUUAUCGACGAUUUUGGGACGGACUAAAAAAGAAAAAUCUCCACAAUGCGGUCCUUUUUGGAGAAUAUUUUGAUCUGGAUUUCUACAAUAAAGUGUCUCUAAGGGAAAAUAGCACCGGGUUAACGAAGUGGAGUGAUUUUCUUGCUGAUAAUAAAACACCUCGGAAACUAGUAGCCGUUACUCUUCCCUCAGGGCGAUGUGAGUUUGGGUCAAGAAAAGAACAAAAUAUGGAAAAACAGGCACCACCGUGUUUUUAUGGGAAGAACUAUAACGAACUAAUUUUAGGCCUCAAAGAUCGCCUUAGUCUUGUGUCAAUCAAGAAAGUGUGUCUGGAUUGUACUCAACUGGACCAUAAACUGAGUUUGGAUGAACUUCGAAACAUGAUAUUUGGGAGCGAUCUUGACACGUCUAAAUAUAUUAUACUGAUGAACACAUGGAGAAACUUUGCGUUCACUCAGAGCUGGUUAGAAGUCCCGGACUACUGUAAAAUAUCGGAGAGCCCACAAUCUUCAAAGAGAUUGAUAUCGAGUCAAUCAGUGGCUAGUCACAGCAAGUUGUACAAGGAGAAAAUCAUUCGAAAGAAACGAGUAGUGGCUGUCAUGUUUAGAAUUGAACGAUUUCUAACGCUCAAAGUUCUCAAUAAAUCCAGCGAAUCUUUAAAGUCUUGCAUCGAGAAAACUCUCCAGAUUCACAAUCAACUGAUGCGUAAAGGCUCCCCUGAAAAAAGCGGUACUUUUAUCACCCUCGAUGUCGGAAGAUUUGGUAGUAAGCUAAUGAAAGACAAUGAAACUGUUUCGAAAUAUGGACAAGACUCUCUGGAAUCAAUCAACAAAUCAGUGCAAGAAAUGAUCAAUAAAAUUUAUGAAGGACAGUUUAAAUCCAUGGAACAAUAUGAAGACUCUUUUGUUGACAUCACAGGUGGUAUAACGGAGAGGGGAUAUAUAUCAAUGGUGCAGAGGAGCAUAGCAACGGAGGCGGACUGUUUGAUUGUAAUGGGUGGUGGUUCCUAUCAGCAAGUGGCCAUAUCUCAAUAUCUUGCCAACCAUCCCUCAGAUCAGUACUGCAUACAAGCCGUGUGUGUAGCAGACAAUGUUAGAACAAUGUUACCUUCUUAACUAUAAUAAUACAAUAUUUUUAAUUGAUCAUUUUUCACCUUAAUUGAUUGUCACCUUAUUAUAAUUCUUUUGUGCAGUCACAUUCAUUUUAUCAUCUGUUAUAAAACAUGACGUAUUAUAUGUGUAUGUUCACUACAUUUUCAAAUGAGGUUGUUAUCUAAC